ACAUCUGAAAGGCUUCAACGUCCUUAAUAUUCAGCAAAAGAAAAAGGGGUUAUUAGCUGCGCUCGCUGGCGACGCGAAUGCUGCAGACGUCAAGAGCUGUAACUCGCUCGCCUUGCGCCUGUGUCGAGGAGGGGACCUGCCUGCUCAAGCCACCCCCAAACCGUCUAGGGUUCACGGCCAGCUCAUGAAUUUCCCACUGCCGCUUCCAGCGCCGUGCUGGGUCUUACUGUCACUUACCUCAUGCUUUGCCAGAAACGUUCUGUACGCGGUGGCAUCGGUACCUGUCUCCCCUCCAGGCAUUGUCCGUGCCUCCAGCGUGUUCCCCAUCCUAAGCACAAUAUUGCUGCUGCUGGGAGGGCUCUGUGUCGGAGCGGGAAGGAUUUACAACAGCAAAAACAACAUUAUUCUCAGCGCUGGGAUUCUCUUUGUCGCAGCAGGACUAAGUAAUAUCAUAGGGAUCAUUGUCUACAUAUCAAGCAAUGCAGGUGACCCAAGCGACAAGCGAGAUGAGGACAAAAAGAACCAUUACAACUAUGGCUGGUCUUUUUAUUUCGGAGCCUUGUCUUUUAUUGUGGCUGAAACCAUAGGUGUUCUGGCUGUGAACAUUUAUAUUGAGAAGAACAAAGAGCUGAGGUUUAAGACCAAGAGGGAAUUCCUUAAGACUUCUUCCAGUUCUCCUUAUGCCAGGAUGCCAAGUUAUAGGUACAGGAGGCGGAGGUCCAGAUCCAGUUCUCGAUCUACAGAGCCUUCUCCAUCUAGAGACAUUUCUCCGGUUGGCAUGAAGAUAGCAAGCACCAUUCCCAUAUUUUUUUUUUCCAGAGAGCCUCUGAAGGUUACAACGGCUGCCAGCUACAACGCGGACCAAGAAGCCAGUUUUCUGCAGGUUCACAACUUCCUUCAGAAGGAAUUUAAGGAAGGACUCCAUGUCAACAUGGUCAACAGGAGAACGACACCUGUUUGAAGUACCUUCCUUCCUCACGCUCUUUGAAGAAAUAUUGAAACAGAAUGGAUCUGUCAUGAAAGAGAAUGAGCGACGUUAAAAUACCCUCUCACCUCUUUAAUUGUGGCAUGUGUUCAGGUAGCAAGUGGAGAUCCUCUGGACCAACAUAAAGAUAUUACACACUCGUAGCUUUUUCUGAAGCUAUUCGGAGUUUGUUUCUUUCAGUUCUUGGUGUCAUGAGAUGAAGGCAGUUCCUGUUCCUGCACUUCCGUAGUGUGUACAAAGUCUCGGAGAAACUGCAAAGGACUUGCCACCAGUGUGUUUUAAAGGAUUACAGAAAAAUUGUUGUAUGACUUUUUUUUCUAAAACUGAAAUUCCCUUAAUACAAACUUGCAAAUAUAAUUUAUAGCCGAGCCCAAGGACGAAUACGAACUACUCAUCAAGUGAGCCACUUUCCUUUGACACAGCAUAAACUUUGCCUCUUUCA